UUUUUCAUCAGAGGCCAUGGAGCUUUCGGCCAAUGAACUCAGCAUUUAUGACAAGUUAUCAGAGACAAUUGAUCUAGUGAGGCAGACUGGCCACCAGUGUGGGAUGUCAGAAAAAGCCAUUGAGAAAUUCAUCAAGCAGCUCUUGGAAAGAAACGAACCCCGAAGGGGACCUCCACGGUACCCCAUCUUAGUGGCUCUCUACAAGGCCUUGCUCACGCUGGGGUUGGUCUUGCUGACUGUUUACUUCGUGAUCCAGCCCUACAGCCCGUUGCCACCUGAAGCUCCACUCUCCAGAGCCCAGGCCUGGGGCUCCCUCAUCGGUCACAUCCGGCUGCUCUCUCUGCCUAUUGCCAAGAAGUACAUGCUUGAGA